CCGGAACUAACGCAUCGGGGGGAAGGAAUUGUUGGAAAUUUUGAAAUUGAUUAAGUUUUUGAAAAUGUAUAAUUCCAGUCGUGACUCGGGACGAUAAGGAGUUAUCUGCUGAUAAGUAAUCAUCGUGUAUAGGAGUGAUAAGAGAUCUCGGUGCCAUGGACGAUUCUGGGUUUGGGAUUUAUAAAUACUAUUUCAAAUUGUUGAGGACCUUUGGAGCGUUUCCGUACCGAGUGGAAGGAAAUGCGCAGAAGGUCGGUCACUACAGGGACGGUUUGUGGAAGUGGUUGUACUACAUCAACUACAUCGGGACCUCGUUCGGCGCCGCCUUUCAAGCCGUCCAGCUAGCGUUGACCAUCCAGUACGAGCCCGACCCCAUCAACGUCAUCGCCCAACUCUGCUGGAUGUUCGCAAUGGGAAUCCCAUUCGCCAAUCAGGUCUACUCGCUCAGAAAUGAGGACAAGAUUGCGAACAGUGUCGACGUCUGGUGUCAACUGGAACGGACCGUGAUCGGUUCUAGUCUCCGUGGUCUCGGUAAUAUGCCGAGCGGCCCUCUACCGACAAUGUCUGCGUGUCAUGCGGCACAAAAUCGGCUAUGCAAGCGAACUUCCGCCAUCUACAUACUCAUGGGAAUUACUGGCUUCAUCGGAAUGGCGAUGCACUACUGGUUCAUGCCAAAGUUUCCGGCAUAUCUGUACCAAAUCAUUGAAGGGGAAGACGUAACGAUCAAAUAUCUGUGUGGAGCCUUCCAACUCUGGAUGGUCAUCCUAAUCUGGAUUAACAUCUUCGCCACCGAAGUCAUCAUGGUCGUCGCCUCCGGCUCAUUGGUCCACUGUCUCGAAACGCUGAGUUAUCGUGGCGCCGUCGUAAUGGCGAAUGGACAAUGUGACGUGCCACAUCUAAACGAGGUGCUCAUCAAGAACUGGACCGCCUUCGAGGGGAAAGGCAUGACUGGAUCGGGACCCCCGAGCAAGCCGCAGUUCAACACGGGUCACACGGACAAAGCGCAGGAGAAAGUGUUGAGCGCGAUGAAUACUGAAUCUCGCGCGAAAGCGGACGCUGGUGGCGGGAAAGGCGGGUACGAUGAGGAUUCCAUGUAUCUUGCGUCCGUGGUGCAGAAUGUGGUUGACAUUCAGUACGCGCUUGAUCGGUACAAGGACGUCGAAGCGGUGGUGGACUCGCUCAAUAAUGCUUUCUCCAAGAUGGUCUUUGCCCACCAGAGUAUCUACAUGAUGUUGAUGUGCACUUUGUUCUACACUCCGAUUCGCCACUUGAAAAUCCUCCCUGUCGAAGGGUCCACUCUUUUCGCCAUAAUUGCGCUCUACUAUUGCAUCCGGCUCUUCGUCUUCUUCCCUGCGAUGGGACGACUCAAUGCGCAAAGCCACACCUUCGUCGAAUCAUGGAUGGAAGGCCUUCGACACAUUCCUCGAGGAAAGUACGCGUACGAGUUCUACAUGCACAAAUUGGAAAGUUGCCGAAAGCUGGCCUUCGACUCUGGUGGCUUUUACCUCAUGCAGAAAGGAACCGUUCUCACCUUCGUCUCCAUUGUCACGACGCACAUCAUCGUCCUCCUCCAACUCUACUAAGCCCCAACUAAUUAGCAUAUUAAUUAAUUACAUUUAACCCCCGCAUAAUUAAAACAUAAAUUAUAAAACAUAAUUAGCCAAAUAACUUAGAAAAUCGGUGCUAAAAAAACUAUCCUUGAAACAAACUAAAAGUCUGGGCUUUAGCAAAGAAAUCUGUACAUAAUAAAAUUUGUCUGGAAUGUUAAAUUUAAACUUAUUUAAGUAAUAGAAUGCGUUGAAGUCACAAAAAUCCUGAUAAAAUUCUGAAAAAUAUUGGAAAAUUAAUUGUGUAAAACUAUAUAAAUUCCUGGAAUGAAAAUUCCCUGGAAAACGAUGUCCUAAUGGUGCCACUCACUCUUGUACAUAAAAUAAUACUCUAAAUUUGCACAAUUUACACACCAGGGAAGACAAACUUUACAAAAUUAGGAAAAAAAUAAUGGACCCUAUUUCCGCAAGUUGUCGAGGUUCAAAUUUACACGGUUACAAAGCAUUAUAUCCCUUUAAAUCUUUAACAAUCCAGCAAUAAGUAAUUUGAAUCAAUUUCAAUCAUAAGUUUCCUGCCACAAAUUUCUUCAGAAUCUUAAAUAAUUAUCUAUCUUUCUUCCAAUUACUUUACUUCUUCACUAGAAUAUUGAAAUUUAAGCCCACAAACUAUCAGAAUAUAUGUCAUGCUUAAUUAAAUAAAUGUAAUUGUGUAUUAAAAUAUUUAAAUUUAAUUAAACGGACGUAUCGCUCAUACAUUUAAAAUGUAUUAGUUCGUUAAAUUACUUAUGUAUCAACGUAAUGCAUUUUAGAAUGCAUUUAUGUAUCUGAUCAAGUAGCUCAAUUAUGCUAAAUUAUCUCUUAUCGAGUAAAAAAACGUAAAAUAUUUAAAACUUGUGUAAGGAAGUAUGAUCCUUUAAAGGAUAAUCCGACACACCAUAAAUUACAUCAUCAGUAUUCAAUGUAAUUAAUUAAAAUAGAUUAUAAUUAAAUUAAUUAAUGAAUAUUUUAAUAAUUACGAAAUGUAGAAAAAUUUGAAUCUCAUAAUUUGACUUUUGUUCAAAAAGUGUAUAGUUUUUUAGAGUUUAUAUAGAAUUAGAAUUAGGAUUAGUAUAUAUAAAUUUUAGACAGUAUCUUAGAGGAAAUUGUGGGUAAAACGGUAUCGAAAAUAUGCUGGUUAAUUGUGGAUCAAUUACAUAUUAAUUAAUUAAUUUCAAUGUAUAAUUUCAAGUAAUAUAAAAUACUUACAUGUGUACAUACAUUGGAUGAAAUGUUAGUUUAGUAUAAUAAAUCGAACUCUUUGUCACCGUCAAGUAAAAUA